AUGCCUGCGAAACGAGCCAGAGGUAAAACUACGAUAUCAAAACCCACUCGCGGGUCCGGUCUGAACCCUUCCCACGUCCCAGCGGACAGUCAAAUGCACCUCAGCGACGAACAACCCCAUGAGCCGAUGCCCAACGCUUUCAAUCCGCAUGAAGGGCUCAAUUCAUACGCACAGGCUGGUUAUGCGCCCUUCACCCCUGCUCACGACGUCAUCGACACUUACGCUGGACCAUCAAACGCUUACGCCGGUCCAUCAAGCGCGCAGGCUGGUUAUGCGCCCUUCACCCCUGCUCACGACGUCAUCGACACUCACGCUGGACCAUCAAACGCUUACGCCGGUCCAUCAAGCGCGCAGGCUGGUUAUGCACCCUUCACCCCUGCUCACGACGUCAUCGACACUCACGCUGGACCAUCAAACGCUUACGCCGGUCCAUCAAGCGCGCAGGCUGGUUAUGCGCCCUUCACCCCUGCUCACGACGUCAUCGACACUUACGCUGGACCAUCAAACGCGUACGCCAGUCCAUCAAGCGCGCAGGCUGAUUAUGCGCCCUUCACCCCUGCUCACGACGUCAUCGACACUUACGCUGGACCAUCAAACACUUAUGAAGACUAUGACUCGUAUAGUUCGAGGCACCUCAACAAUCUGUCCCACUUCAACAGUAUGCAGGCGCCUAAUCCGCACCAUAUACAACUUCCGCAAUCGUUUGACGACGAGGAUGAGCCGACGGAGCCUCAACGUCGUCCUCUCCCCAUCACGACGGGUGAAAUAUCACAAUCGCAUGUCAUACAUACAGCAGGACCCGCUCGCUCAUCUAACACGCGACGACGUACCCGAAAGCUACCUGCAACGCCGUACGUUGCUCAUGAGACCGUUGUCUCCGCGACAACGCAGGCAGCUGCAGGCCUUGCAGAAGCACCGGACAGCAACCGCCAUUUCCAGCUUACAGGACCGAUGCGCGAGCAGAUCUUCAAUCGCUCGAAGGAACUUGUGGUAGGUAUCGUGUUUACAGAAGACGCGAUGGCUUCAUCUCCUGCCGACAAAAAACGAAUCGUUAAGUCUGUGAUUCGAAACGCGACGCCUAAGAUUCCCGGCCUUCAUGGAACCCCCCGCUGGGACAACCAAAAGAAGGAUCUCACAAAGAUCUGGCGCGCGGUACUCGUUAUGCGCACGGAGCUCACAACGCUUACUCGAGAAGGCGUUGUACUCGCCUACAAACUCUUUCCUCCGCAGGGUAGCUUGAUUUCCCCCGAAGCCUUUCGUAUUGAGCACGUGAGACAUCUCAUUCAAGAGAACAAAUUUAUGCACGAAUAUUCGUUCAAUGCGGAUGGGACGCUAAAGAUCCAUUCAAAAUUCAAAAAUCCGUUCAUCCUACACCUAGUCACGAGAUUGGUAUGGAACAUGCGCUUCCGACUUGACACUUUACUCGUCUCGCCACGCAGGGAGUUACACUACGCGAUGGGGGCAGCCGGCACAUUCACAAAACGUAUACUGUUGGAACAGGGACACGCGACACUUACUGCAUCUAAGGUAUCAUCGGACUCAAAUUCUUCUACCUUUCAGAUGCUCUGCUCGGACAUGGACAGUCUUACGGACGAGGAGAAAGCUGAGUUGGACGGGUGGAAAGACCAUAUGGUCAUUUGCGGGAUUUCGCAACAGCGCGUCGGGAAUGAGCUGUCAGAUUUCGACUUGAGCCCCGCAGACUUAGAGCGUGACUCGGACGCCGAUGCGUGA